AGAAAAAAAAUCAAUCCGUCAGAUGCAUGUUAUCUGUUUAAUAUGAGUUGUGUGCGCGGAUUAAAGUGUUGAAUUUGAUUUCUUUCCCUUUCCGAUAACCCGGUGCAUUUUUGAAAUGCAUUAUAAUAUACAUGCAUGUGCUGUGACGGUCUUAUUUACUGUCAUUUAGCUGGUCAGCGCGUGCUCUGGUGUGAUGGUUUCUAUUAUGACCUUGAAUAUGCAGCUCUAAUGCAGCGAAACGAGGAUUAACGGACGGAAUAUUUGGCAGAAACGCUCUUCAUCUUGUUACGAUCGUCUAUUCUGAUUAAAAUUUGAUUAAAGAUUGAGUUCAUAAAUCCAUCAGGCUCGCUGAAUCUGUCGCAUUCUCGGCCUGAUUUUCAUGGGAAUAUAUUUGGCAUCGUAGAAACCCUCAAGAGCUCAAAACAUGCAGGAUGAUUUACUGAUGGACAAAAGCAAAGCUCAGCCUUACCAGCACCAAGACCCGUCAAAUACAGAGCCUCCAUCUACCCCGACCCCCUCCGAGCCUCCGAUCCUGGACGAGCAGAAUCACGUCGGUCACUCCGAGCGGGUCGCCAUGGAGUCUCCGGUAUUACCGGGUCUGGGUUUCCCUCAGGAUUCCUCUCUCUCACCGUCGUUCGGCAGCACUUGGUCCACAAACACUGUGGACGAGGGCUAUUUCCAAGGGAUUCCGUCGGUAAACGGCACGAUGCUUUUUCAGAACUUUCCCCAUCACGUCAACCCGGUGUUCGGAGGUAGUUUUUCUCCGCAGAUGAGAAGAUCACCGAUGAGUGUGAACCAGAGGAACCCCUACAGCCACCAGACCCUCAUCAAUAAAGUGUCCGCGUCGUCCGCUUCUUCGUCCGCCUGGAAUAAUCACCAGAACGCGGCGUGGAGCUCCGCGGCGAACCCCUGGAGCGGCAGAGACCCGCGGCAGAGAGCGCUCGGGCUGGGCGUCCCGUCUCCGCUCAACCCCAUCUCCCCGACGAAGAAGCCCUUCCCGAGCAAUGUCAUCGCCCCUCCGAAAUACCAGAGACCCGGGGCCAUGCAGAAACCCUGGAUGAUCUCAGAGCCUCCGGAACCAUUUAGAACCGACAACAGCAACAACAUGCUGCCAUUUCAGGAACGGAAUCGACCCUUUGACCCGUUCAGCUUGCAAACUUUGGAGAAUUCCUUAAUGGACAUGAUUAUGACUGACCAUGACAAAGGUAAACAUCACCCUGCCGCUGGCCCACCAAUGACUAUCGCUGAUAUUUUAUGGAGGAAUCAUUUUGCAGGUCGCAUGGGUCUCAACUUUCACCAUCCUGUAGCUGAACAUAUAUUACCACCGAACACCAGGAGUUAUGGUCGCAGAAGAGGUCGCUCUUCACUGUUUCCUUUCGAGGACGGCUUCUUGGACGAGGGUCACGGGGAUCCAGCGCUGACCCCUGGCCUGAGCUCUCCCAGCCGCUGUCAGAACGGAGAGAGGAUGGAGCGCUACUCCAGGAAGGUGUUUGUCGGUGGACUGCCGCCUGACAUCGAUGAAGAUGAAAUCACCAACAGUUUCCGUCGCUACGGUCACCUGGUGGUGGACUGGCCUCAUAAAGCAGAAAGCAAAUCCUAUUUUCCUCCUAAAGGUUAUGCUUUCCUGCUCUUCCAGGAGGAGAGUUCGGUCCAGGCCCUCAUUGACGCCUGCAUCGAGGAGGAUGGGAAACUCUACCUGUGUGUCUCGAGCCCCACUAUUAAAGAUAAACCAGUCCAGAUUCGCCCGUGGAACCUGAGUGACAGUGAUUUCGUGAUGGACGGCUCUCAGCCUCUUGACCCACGCAAAACCAUCUUUGUGGGAGGCGUUCCACGACCUCUACGUGCAGUGGAGCUGGCUAUGAUCAUGGACAGACUGUAUGGAGGUGUGUGUUACGCUGGCAUUGACACUGACCCAGAACUCAAAUACCCCAAAGGGGCGGGCAGAGUGGCCUUCUCCAAUCAGCAGAGCUACAUCGCUGCCAUCAGCGCGAGAUUUGUCCAGCUGCAGCAUAAUGACAUUGACAAACGGGUGGAGGUGAAACCGUACGUGCUGGACGAUCAGAUGUGUGAUGAAUGUCAGGGCGCUCGCUGCGGAGGAAAAUUCGCCCCUUUUUUCUGUGCCAACGUCACCUGUCUGCAGUAUUACUGCGAGUACUGCUGGGCGAGCAUCCACUCGCGCGCCGGCCGUGAGUUCCACAAACCGCUGGUGAAGGAAGGUGGAGACCGACCUCGGCACGUGUCCUUCCGCUGGAGCUGAUGACGAGCGGCACAUCACCCUCUCCACCCAACAAACACC